AUGAAGAUUCUUCUCUUUUCCUUUAUUUUGUUCUUCUUUGGUGUCUUCAUUCUAUCAGUGGGCUCUGGCCAACCUGUUAGCAAUUCUAUGCCAGGAGCAGUAACAUGUAGAAGGAAGUUUGAGAAAUUAUACUCAGAGAUACGUAAUCCUCCCACAAUAUUUGAAAAGGCACAAAAUCAUGCAGCUUCAAGUAAAGAGGACCAUUUUGUUUUUAAUCGUUCAGAGAUAUGUGUAAAGCUAAGUGGCCAAUGUAAAAAGAAGUGUGGUGAAAAAGAAUUUAGGAUGGUAUAUUGUGUAAUACCUACAGUUUUCUGCUGCAUAAGAGAAUGUGAACCUGAGGAGUACUACUAA